CAUCCAGGUUCGAGUCCAUAUGCGUUCGUUCAGCAAAUGUUUCCAUCCCAUCUACUGUACCUCAUUUUGAAUCUCACCCAUCCCAACCAGCACUUCAUCGUUCGGUGACCCAACCCAGUCCUGUCGAAUCUCAGGUGUUAGGCCUUGCCCUACUUGUCGAAAACCCAGAGCCCAAAAGACGACUGACUGGUAAACAAUUUGAGCUUAUACAGCCUGACAGCUCCAGAGAUUGUCAGAGUCGUUCGUUUAUCUUUGUCGAUCCCCGCAAGCUAAUUGGGUUUUGAUUUUAAUUUUCAUCACCAAAAGUCCAAUCCCACGCGAUUCCGAUACAUCACCUAAAACUACCGGGUGGAACCUGCGCCCGCUCACUACUUUUGCUUUGUCCUGGACUUUAGGCCCUCCCAUCAGUUUUACACUAGAGAGUAGAGACCGUCUCGCGAUUGGAGCAUCGCUCACCCCGAACGUGUUCUGUGCUGGGCCACUUUGGUGCUGUGCCUUGCAUCAUCCCAACCAACACUGGCCGUGUUUGCGCGCGCGCGUGCACCAGCAUCUCGAGCAGCCUGUGGCACCAGAGCACAGAGCACAGGCAACAUUCGAGACGAGGCUCCAGGGAUACCAUAAGGCAUUAGCGAACGACCAACCGAGGUCGGGCAACUCGAUUGCCGCCACCCACGACGACAUCUGGCUCCCCGCCACCGGGCGAGGCAGCCGUACAGAGAUGGCCAGCGAAUAUGCUGCACCACUCAGCCCUGCUGCCGGCGGUCUCUCUGACCUUUUGCAGCAGCAUGGCUCUCGGGAUUACUUGGGGACGGGCUCCCUCUCACCGGCAAAGAGGCGCGACGACACAACGAUUAAUGAAACAACGACAGCCAUGAGGACGAAGAAAGCCGCACCAAGGUUGGGCCGUGAUACCACAGGAGACAAGGGUUCCGGAGGAAGCCACAGGAUGAAGCCACGAUUGUCUUCAAACCAGAUGCCUCGCUCGCUUCUUCCGGUUACGGAAAGAAAGAGCCAGGACGAAAACAGGGGAGACAUGCGGAAGAGAAAGGGAAGUAUAAAGGAAAAGACGGAAAUUGCACCGGACGGGGCCUCGGCGGGUCGAGAGGGUAGACAAUUUGCCGUUGCCAACGUGGGCAACAAUGGACGCAUUUAUCUGAGGCCUACGAUACGACCUGCGCAUCAAAGGUAUCCGCAGCCAAACUUUGUAUUCCCUUCGACACCGCCAACAACGGCCACAUCGAAACCCUCUGCUGCGUCAUCGGACAAAACUGGGAAGAACCAAAAUGAUUCCGAUAGCACAAAGACCGGAUCCAAGCUAUCCCAAAUACUCAGCAGCCAAUGGACACUCCCACCAACACCGUCGACAUCCGUGGCUAGGAGAACAUUGCUCGCGGCAAGGCGGUCACGGCAUCGGCGGGCAGUUUCCGACUCAACUGUCCCUGACCUCCCAGGUGCAUCACCAGAUUCAGAAGUCGAUGGCCUCAAAAUAGUAAUUACGCAGCCCAAAGAUGAUCAAAGACCAAGAUCAGUUGAGGACAGGGAUAUCCCUGGGUUUGUCCCCGUCCUUGAUGUGUCUAUCCCACACUGGAAGCUGGGAACGCCUAGAUUCACCCAUAUGGGCGGAGCAGACAUCCGUGGCUCCUCUUACGGAGCACCUACCGAAAUACGAUCAGACUCUACAUCCAUUGCAGGUCGGACUCCACGCAGUAUAGUUGAGUCGGUACGGGGCAAGAAACCCAGUCCUAUCAGUAUACCGAGCAUACCGCGAGCGUUUCUGUCACAUCCGCCGACUGGGAGUCCUCCGAUCAUUCCCAUGAGCGGUUUGCCCCUGCGUCGAGCCACAUACAUCUCUACUUUCCUUGUCAUCGAGCCACGCAUGUUUGACAAUUUGACCUUCAAGCCUGCUUGCGAUGACCGGUCGAUUGUUCGCUACUCUCAGCACACAGGGGCCGUAACUGCAGCGUCACCACCUCGCUUGGUCGCCGAGAUUACAUCUCCGAGCUUCCUGGACUACGAGUUGCUUUCCGACUUCUUUCUCACGUUCCGUUCCUUCCUCGAGCCCUAUGACCUACUCAAAAUGCUGAUAGCCCGACUCAGAUGGGCGCUCGCUAGGGAGGAUGAGACCGGUAUGGUGGUUCGUGUGCGAACGUUUGUGGCUCUUCGACAUUGGAUCCUCAACUACUUCAUGGACGAUUUUGUCAUUGACUACCAGCUUCGUACCAUGUUUUGUGAGCUCAUCAAUGACUUUGUCAGCGAGCUUUGUCAAGAUCAACCGGGGAGGAAAGUGCAGGUUAAGAUCUUGGGCGAACUCAAGAAGUGUUGGCGUAGGGUGUGCGCACAAUAUUGGGACAGUCCUCACUUCGACUCAUCCCUGGGUGCAGAGGUGCCGAUUAUACCUGGCGGGAUCGCUGGACAUCGCAACGCUGAUCUAACACCGGUCUUCUGGACUCAAAGUAUAGGAGACGACCCGCCUCAGCUUGGGCCUGUUGACUGCAUCUCUCCCUCUCUACACUUUACAUCCGGAGACAUGAGUUUACAGCCCGACGUGUCACGCACCGCCAACAUGGAUGCCGUCAUCCGUGACGAUAGGCCGAUUACGCCUUUGCAGCCCGAUACUCUCACUGUCAGCCACAAGAGGCCGCAACCUUCUUCCCUCAGUGUGAGCAGUGUAGAUGCAAUGUCCUGUUCAUUCCCGACCAAGAACCUUCUUUCCAUGCAGCCAGGGGCUGGUCAAUUCCUUGCAGCUCACCCUGUCGACCCAAGUACUCUAUCGGGCACACUGGUUCGGAAAGCCAGCACACCCAAGGCACUUACCGGCAAACGCGUCAGGCCUCAGUCUCCGCAGCAUAAGCGCAAUGGCAGCUUGACCGAUUCGCUAAGGGAUCACUCACCGAAUGCGGGAGAGAAAAUAACAUACAAGAGUACUGAAAUCAUGAUGGCUUAUCCGUAUGUGGGAAGCCUCGUCAGAGGAGCCAUGUUUCCACCAGGACAAGCAUUUGUUGAAAUUCCCACGCCCGGUUCCGGCGAGGUUUCGCGGCAGACUACCGUCUUCCAACCUUAUCCGGUAGAUGAACAAAAGGAGAAGGCAUCUGCAUCGGCCAUGUCAGGUCAAGGGAUGCGCAAGCUGCUAAGCAGCGUCCGUCGGGCUAUCAGCACUAAAGGCCAGGGCCUAUCACCAACGCAAGGGAGUUUCUUGAACAUUUCUCCCCUUGGCCCCCGCGGUGCCACUACCAACAGGCUCCCUGGCACUGCAAUCGUACCACAAGCUCGGCCAAACCAGAACGGUGUCAGACCUCCAGUACGCAUCGACCUCCUCGGAGCCGAGGUGGCCGAGGACUUUAAGAAGGCCGUGCGCGAAGACGCUGCCAUCGACGCUGCAAACACGGGUAAAGCGGUUCCAAAAAUAAUCAGCGGCAUACAGGAGGAAGACUGCCAGCAUGACGAUCGCCCAACUCUUGAUGUAGAGAUUCCGUUGGAUGGAGGGCUUGAAGAUACCUUUCUUCGUCCCAUUAGCGAUCAAGCGAUCACAAGUGGAAGCAAGUCUAUUGUCAUUGUCGAUGACACAGUCCCAGCGGUACCAACCGACCUACCACGUAUGACCGGCGCCCUGCUCUCACCUUUGCCCAUGGUGAACCCAUCAGUUGAAGCUUUUGCGGAUUCCUUCGCCUCUGCGGCAGAUCCUACACCACCAAACACGCCACCUGGGCACAGUCUGGGAACUCCCCGCCAAGACUCGUACAUUCUUCGGCAUACGCUGAUGCGCCAAUCCUACUCGGAAGAAACAUUACCUCCACUUGGUAGUGAGGCUGUCGGCAUCUCCAACCUUCAGUCUCGCCCCUCGGAGGAUUCCACGCGACCAUCCAUGGACACCACGAGGCCAUCAAACGACUACGUGCGGCAAUCAGUGCGUCGACCUCCGCUCAGCGGCGUUCGUGGUCAUUUCCGUCAACCAUCAAGUAGGUCGUAUAGAUCUAUGCAGUCGUUUGGGAGGCCACGCCAUGCCUCUUUUACAAGUGGCAUGGCUCCUCAACCCACCAUUGGGAGUUUCGAUGCCACAACCUUUUCCGAGCACUCUGUGGAUGAUACAGUUCCGAUAACGCCUCUGCCACAGCCAAUGCGCGUGCUUAGAAGGCGUCCUGGGGGUGAUCUACGUGGCGUUACCAAUGUCGGCCAACUUGACCAGCACCAGCUACGUAGGUCGCGGUCGGUAGGGUCUUUAACGACCUUUACAGAGUCUAUCCACAGCUCCUUCAUACGCAGCCCAGGCCAGGAUAAUAACGACGGUUUUGUGGAUGUUGUGGACGUCAUGUCGGAUGAUUACUCACAGGAGAGGACAGCCGGUUUCUCGUUGGGUGACAUGACACAAAAACCUGCUAAGAAGCCUGCAUCGGUCUUCAGCACAUACUCGUCCACGCCUGUGAUGCGGCCGUCUUUCGAGGCCGAAGCCCACAAACUAGCACAAAUCCCCGAUGAUCCAAAUGACAACGGCGGUGUUGAAUCUGCGCUUGCGAAACUGGAGGGCAAGUACGACAAGAAAGCAUUCAAGCUUUCCAUGGAACCGAAAAAGCCCAAUACCAAGCUCUUAGGCAACUGGUCUCUAAAAUUGCGUGGGGGCGGCGAAGAAGAGCUUGACUCUCAGGAGAAGAAGGAGGAACACCGCCACAAGCAUGUUGGAGACGACACGCACCUCUCCCAGCUUGUUGACCACAAGACAGAGGACGAUAACACGCAUGUACUGGCCGACAAUCUCUCCUCCAGCUUUCUACCUCUCGCCGAAGCUCCCCGUCGGGAACAUCAUAGCACGAUGUCUUUCUUGUCGGAAAGUUCGGAUGAUUCUGAUGAUUCCUUGUCGUCCACCCCCAUCUUGGAGCGGGGUCUAGUCGAAGACUCCCAGCCCGGCGAGAUCAAGGAUGAUGAGUGGACAAAUCGGUCAAUCUUUGAAGAAGAUGACCUUGCGACACCUAGAGUGGUACCUGGCGAGCGAGAAGUUUCAUUCGAUAUUGUCGAGAAGACAAACAGCCUGAAUCAGAUUCAGCCUGGUGAUACCAUCCCUCGUUCUUCGCCAACCAGAGGCAAUCUGGAAGCCCAGUCAUUCCUGUUUGACGACGGCGAUAGUGACGAUGACUCUGAAAGCGAGUUGUCCUCGGAGAUGUCUAUUGAUCUACCUGGCGAAUUUGAUGAGGUCGAAGAUGCGGUUGGUAGGAAGCGAAGCGACACGGUGACCUCAGUGUUGCCUGUCCACCCACUGGCCGAGCCUGUCCGCCCAGUGGCAGAGCCCAGCCUCUCAAACCGUGACAUGACAAAUAUCCACCCACUCAAGAGUCACCCACCGUCACCACCCAUAACACUGGUGCAAGCACUGAAAAUGUCGCCAGCCACAGCAAACCGCGGCCAAUUCGACAAACAGGAGCCUCGAAAGCCUCUGCCGCUCUCCCCAGAAAUAACCCCAACGUUGGCCGCACACAAGAGGCAGCCCUCAGACCAGUCAGAUCAGGCAGAUGCUGAGGAUGCUGCGCCACAAAACUCAAAGUUCUCGGUGCAUCUUCCUUUUGUCCUUGCGUUCGACUCGCAGAUAUUGGCACAGCAGUUUACUCUGAUUGAGAAGGACGCGCUCAACGAGAUCGACUGGAAGGAGCUUAUUGAUAUGCGCUGGAAAAAGGCUGACAACAGCGACUCUCGGUCGUGGGUCGAUUUUCUGCGCAACACAGACGCACGCGGCGUCGAGGUCGUGAUUGCACGGUUCAACAUUAUGGUUAAGUGGUGCGUGUCCGAGAUAGUGCUCACACAGGACCUCUACGAGCGGGCGAGAUGCCUAAUCAAGUUCAUCCACAUCGCUGCGCACUGUCGACGAUACCGCAAUUUCGCCACAAUGUCGCAGAUUGCCAUAGCCCUCACGAGUCCCGAGGUGUCCAAGUUGCAGCGCACUUGGGGCUUGGUGCCGGCCAGCGACCUGACGACACUUCAACAGCUGGAGGCGCUCGUCAGCCCGACUCGUAACUUUUACAACCUCCGGGCCGAGAUGGAAGGGGGUGACGUCGAGAGCGCAAACUCGGGAUGCAUCCCGUUUGUGGGCAUCUACACACACGAUCUCCUGUUCAACGCUCAGCGCCCCAGUGAGAUCGCUAGCAGCCCUACGACCGCCCCGUUGGUCAACUUUGAGCGUUGUAGGUGUGCUGCCAGCAUCAUCAAGACGCUGCUGCGACUUCUCGAGGCGAGCUCGUUGUACACGUUCCAGCCGAUAGAAGGCAUCACAGAACGCUGCCUCUGGAUGGGGGCGCUAUCAGAUGAUGAGAUUAGAAAGAUCUCAGAGGCGCUCGAAUGAAGAGAACCUUGGGCCCCUGUGCAAGGACUCUUUGCCAGUCACUGACUGACAUAUUGCAGACAACAAACCAGAAAACACAUGCACCGCACCAACCUCUGCUUUGUCUCAAUUAUUUUUCUUUAUCCUUGUUUCCAACCAGAGCACACAAGAUACAUAGACGCAAUUCCUUGAUUGUUUUGCUCGGAGCAAACGGUUUUACAGAUGAAACAUAGCUGUUCGACUAGAUCAACUUGCACCCGUAUGUCACAUUGAUACCCUUUUCUACAUAUGUUCAUAUCCGCGACUAUCUUUCUAUUUACAUAUUUUCUUGAGUUCUUGUCUCGCAUACCCCGCUGCUAUCGUUGGGAUGCAGCUGAAUUUUACAAGUCUUUGUCAAACAAAGUUCUUUUUCUGGUAUUUAGUUUGGAUUCUCCAUCUGUUUGUUCUUACUUUCUCUAGUUUCUUGGCGAGAGCAAGCGAUGCAACAGGAGGAGCACGAUAUAAGAGAAUUGAAAGCAUUUCAAGGAUUAAGAAGACGCAAGGAGGCAAAGAAAAGGAGAAACGGUUUGAGAUAGCAUCCAUCAGCAUCCGCUUGGAGUCUUUUUUUCUUCUUCUUCUUUUCUACCACCCUUCAUCUUCACCAGUCUGCCUUGAAAACUUUGGACUUUAAUGCCUGUUUUUAGCCUUGUCUUUUUCUCUAUACCCCACGUAUUUAUUCAGUCUUGUACUUUUCGGGAUUAGUCAAUGUAUAUAGCGGAUAAUUAAUUCAAUUUGGAC